UUUCUAAAUGUAACAUUUCUAUAAUAUUUAUGUGCAACAAGAAGUGACAUCUGAGAGGAAAAAGUAGUAAACUGACUAAGGUAAGGUUCUUACCCCUUUUCUCCCUCCGCCCCUUUACUCCCUCUGUACUGAAACUAGAUGUAGAAGGAGAAGCUUUAACACAGAGCGGAGUAGAAGCAGACAGAGUUUUUAUCCUUCACACGGGCUGCUGGUGGUGUUUUGUCUCAGACAUGGAGUCCUGCAGGGUUCCUCACCAUGUCCUGCUUUUAAUCAUCCUGAUGUUCAUCACAGUAUCUGAAUCAGCUUUCCCUGUACGCGGGAAGUUUAAUCAGACUGCUGAUCUGCGCUGUGAAUAUAAAUGUUCUGGUUUGGCCAAAUGGACUCUGUUCAGUAACGGAGAUGAUGUAGUGGCUGAGUGUGAUCAGACAUCCUGCAGGUCAGUAAAGGAGGGAUUUAAAAUGUCCCAUGAUCGGUACCUGAAGGGAAAUCUCACCCUCACCAUCACUGCAGCUGAUGACAGUAAGAGGAACACGUACACGUGUUGGUGUGGUGACGAAGACGUUGCUGAUGUGCGUCUCAGUAUCGAGCCGUUGACGUCAUCAGAUCAGAUAAACACUGAUGAAGAUCUGAAGCUGGAUUUGCACGUGUCAGAGGGAGUGAAGGUGAUCUACAAGGGUAAAGAGAUCUGCAGAGUGGAUAAAAGCUCACUACACUGUACAGAUGAAUACACACCGAGAACAUCACUCUCUAACACAGUUCUUACACUGAGAGGAGUAAAGUCCACUGAUGGUGGUGUUUACAUCGUCCGAUACACGGAGAAUAAUGAAGCUCUUCAUACUUACGAAGUAUCAGUGAGAGAGACACAUUUGAACAGACAGCAGGAGAGCGCUAAACCAGUGUGGGCGAUGGUCCUGAUAGUGCUGGUGGUGCACUGGUUGUUGUGCUUGUUGUGAAAACAAACUCCGCCCCACUGAAGGAAACCUAGGAACAGCAAGAUGAGCUCAGAACCGACACGGAAUAAUAGUGAUAAGAAACCUCUGGAUGAAGAUGAAGGCCUACACCGGGAUGAAUCUGAGACAGUGCUGGACUCACACAAAGAGACUCAGAAAUCUCCAAGCCUCAUUUAUAAAGAGUUUCCCUCACAGAAACUGGGAUUUAUAAAGAAAUACUUUGUCUGAAAUUGGGUGUAUAUUUACAGAAGCUUUGCCCCAUGUGUAGAGCCAUCAGUAACAAUUUAGAAACAGCAGGAAUUAGCGACACCCUGUGGAUAUGGAGAGAAUUACAGCUAAACGUACAAAUCACUGCUUUAUACUUUACACUUGUUACAAGCCACUAAUCUACGUAGCCCCCCUAUUGUCAGGUAAGAAAAAAAAUACAGCCAUGUGUAAACCGUGCCCUCAGUUUUGUAAUCCAUACCCUCAGAUUUGUAAUCCGUGCCCUCAGAUUUGUAAUCCGUGCCCUCAGACAAUAGUAAUGGAGUCAGUAAGGGACCGUCUAAAAAG